CUGGAUGCUUACAUUCCCAAUACUCGUACUCGAUGUAAGCAACGGGCGAAACAGCUUGCUGUUGUUUGGUGUGUCAAAACUUGUUAUAAAUCCACCUCUCAAGCCGAUACUGGUCAACUUCUCAUUUUUGUUUGCACCUGCUCUGUCCUUGCCCACGUCUUCCUGUUGCGUAAACCUUUCCUUUCCUUGCACUUAAUUUCAAUAGGCGACCUUUGCCCUUGUCAUGUCUCGGGCACAAUUCUUGCGAGAGUAUAAACUUGUCGUCGUGGGCGGUGGUGGGGUUGGUAAAUCGGCCCUCACCAUUCAGUUCAUUCAAAGCCAUUUUGUAAGAGAAUAUGACCCUACUAUUGAAGACUCGUAUCGCAAACAGUGCAUCAUCGACGAUGAGGUUGCUCUUCUCGAUGUCCUGGAUACAGCUGGCCAAGACGAAUAUAUCGCCAUGCGUGAGCACUAUAUGCGUACUGGUGAAGGCUUUCUCCUCGUCUACGCUAUCACAUCGAGGGAUUCCUUCGAAGAAAUCAAUACUUAUUACCAACAGCUCCUUCGUGUCAAAGAUGGUCCUUGCCCAGUGAUCCUAGUUGGAAACAAGUGCGACCUGGAAUACGAGCGACAAGUGGGCAUGAAUGAGGGACGUGAUCUCGCCAAACACUUUGGCUGUAAAUUCAUCGAAACUUCUGCAAAAACCAGGCUCAAUGUUGACGAUGCUUUCAAUAACAUUGUUCGAGAGAUUCGAAGAUUUAACAAGUUACAACAAACUGGUCGACCUCUCAUGGCUGGUUCUGCCGCCAGCAAACCUGAAGCCUACAGUAAUGGUAACAGAGGUGAUGGUUUGAACGAAGACAACCAUGAUGGAUGCUGUUCUGGCUGUAUAGUUGCCUGAUCAUCACCGCCACACUCGGACAUCCAUAGACAGCGCAAUAAUCACUAGCAUAACCCACUCAUCUUAUACAGCCCGAGGGUGCUGCCUCUCUUGUAUCGAUUAUAACCGCCUUUUAUUCCCCGACCUUUCAAGACUGACGAUGUGAGCUGGUCACCACUGCUGGACAUUGGAGAUGCGUGGAGUGUACAGUGGAAUUUGUGGUAAAGCAUUACCAGCAUAUAUGUAUGUUUAUUACUACACAGGCCCUCGCUCCCAUUGUGUACCAUGAGACGAGUCUUUUUCUGUAACUGAGUACUCUUGAGCAACGAUCACUAACUGUGUUGUGGAAAAGGAUGGACUUACGUGGUGGCUUUGUCACGUCUUCCUUGUUUACAGCACGAAUGGAAUCGACUCCCAGCUCAUAUGAUCCGGAAACACCACUGUUGCCACCAAGUAGUGAUAUACCGACAGUGCGGAUGCGUUCCC